AUGGUUGAGGAGGUAAUGACAGCUUCGCUAUCGCAGCGGCAUUCACAAAGUUUGGAUUCGCAACAGGACCUUCACGCGUCUAAUAGGUCCUUGCAGACUUACAAGACUACUACUGGCGUUUUGCGUCACCAGCUAUCCCAUUCAAUGAGCUCCUGGAGUCAAAGGAGCAGGCGCCAGCAAAGUGAAGAUGACGAAAAUAAUCCGUUUAAGGAAAAACACCAAUUAUCCCGAGAAGGUGCAAGUGGCAGCGUGGACAAGAAUUUGCAGCUAAACGCAAGUAAAUCAUUCAUACGGAACCUGAAUCUUUUGAAACCAUCUACGGGCGGUAACCAGGGCUCAAGCAAUCCAGUUCCUACAAAAUUAGAAAUGGAUGAGGAAACGGAGGUUUCCACGUCAAUUUCGAGAACUACUCUACAAAAUAGUGUGAAACACAGGCAAAACAAACAGGCACAAAAACGCGUGGCAGAGGAUGAGGAUGACGCAGAGACUGUGGAUAAAGAGAAUGACGCAGUGGCCGUGGAUAAUGAGGUGAUAGACGACGACGACGAAGUGUCUUUAGAAGUGCUAGAAGAAAUGCAGAAACUAGAAAAUAGUUUUCCCAUUUUAGCUACGGACUAUCGUUUAAUCGACAAGAUUGGCGAGGGAACGUUCUCUACCGUGUACAAAGCCGAGGCACUCAAUGGUCUGGUGCAACUAAACACCGACGUAUGGAGAUCACCCCCAUUAAAGAAGUUCAAGAAAAAUAACUCCUUUGCAUUAAAAAUGAGGAAAAAGAAAAAGAAAAACCCCAUUGUUGCACUAAAGCAGAUUUAUGUGACAUCGUCUCCUAACAGGAUAUUCAAUGAGUUGAAUCUACUUUAUAUGUUUACCGGAAACUCCAGAGUUGCACCAUUGUUGGAUGUGUUACGUCAUCAAGAUCAAAUACUAGCGAUAUUGCCUUAUUACCAUCACUAUGAUUUCCGCGAGUUUUAUCGUGACUUGCCAAUAAAAGGAAUAAAGAAAUACUUGUGGGAAUUAUUCCAAUCGCUAGAGUAUGUACAUGAUCGAGGUGUAAUCCAUCGUGAUCUUAAACCCACUAAUUUCUUGUAUGACCCAUUCAAAGGAAGAGGAGUAUUGGUGGAUUUUGGUCUUGCCGAGAAACAGGUAAUUAAUUCCCCCUCGAGUAAUGCUAGCCAUAUUACUGCUUGCCCUUGCUUGAACAACAGAGAUAAGAGUAGUGGUGGUGGCAGUGGUGGCAGUGGUGCCUCUGCUGCUACCAUAUCUCACAAAUCGAUUUCGAAAAGGUUUCACGUAAAAGGAGCUUACUUAAAAACAGAUAAUAGACCACCAAGAAGAGCCAAUAGAGCAGGAACAAGAGGUUUUAGAGCUCCUGAAGUCUUGUUCAAAUGUACCAAUCAAACUACUCAAAUCGAUGUAUGGUCAGCGGGUGUAAUUGGCUUAUCAUUUCUUACUAGAAAAUUUCCACUUUUCAAUUCUCCAGAUGAUACUGAUGCCAUUGUUGAAUUGGCUUUGAUCUUUGGGUAUGAUCAGCUAGUUAGAUGCGCAGCAUUGCACGGAUGCGGAUUAGAAAUCUCCAUGAACGAAGUAACCAAUCCUGCCCAUAAGGGAAAUUUAAUCAAAGUCUUGUACGAUUUUUUGAAAAAAGAAGUCGACACUCAGGGAAUACCCUCGGAUAGCGUCAUUUAUGAUACAAUGGAUCUAUUUAGCAGUAAUGGAGACAAAUUUAUUAAACCAAAAUGGGAAGAAGUAGAUGGUUUAUCUAUCAAAACAAGAAACGAAAUGAUGAAUAAUUAUGCAACAAAGAUUGAAAACUAUAAGGAUCAUAAAUAUCUAAUGGAGUUGUUAGGUUGUUGCUUCAAGAUGGAUCCAGGAAAGAGAUUAACUGCUAAGCAAAUAUUAAAACUUCCUUUCUUUUACGAAUUAUCCCAUUUGGAUCAUGAAGAGUAUGAGGAUGAUGAUGUUAUAUUGUGA